GUAUUCCAAAUAUCCGAUUAAAUAUUUGUUUCUGGUCUGCAACCUAAAAUUCUAUGUGAGUGAAUUGGGAGGAUGCUGUGUCUGGGUCGAUUCGGCGGGGUCUCUCACUACCCAAUCAAAUCCGGUUGGAGUCGGAGGGACUACACCAAUAACAGGCCCAGAUGGUGUUUGAUGGCCGCCCAGGAAUCCGACUCUUCUUUUGCACCCUCUCUUGACUCCGACAAAACCGCCUCUGCUGGAUUCUGCAUCAUUGAAGGCCCAGAAACGGUACAGGAUUUUGCCAAGAUGGAACUUCAAGAAAUUCAGGACAACAUUCGAAGUCGGAGGAACAAAAUCUUCUUACACAUGGAAGAGGUUCGUAGGCUUAGGAUACAGCAAAGAAUUAAAAGUGCCGAACUUGGAAUUUUAAACGAAGAGCAAGAGAAUGAACUCCCUAACUUCCCAUCAUUCAUUCCUUUCUUGCCUCCUUUGACUUCAGCAAAUCUCAAGCAAUAUUAUGCAACCUGUUUUUCUCUUAUUGCCGGGAUAAUUCUUUUUGGUGGUCUCCUUGCACCUAGUUUGGAGCUUAAGCUUGGACUAGGGGGCACAUCUUAUGCAGAUUUUAUUGAAAGUUUACAUCUUCCUAUGCAACUGAGUCAGGUUGAUCCCAUAGUGGCAUCAUUCUCUGGAGGAGCAGUUGGAGUAAUCUCGGCAUUAAUGGUGGUUGAGAUAAACAAUGUAAAACAGCAGGAGCAGAAAAGAUGCAAAUACUGUCUUGGUACUGGAUAUCUUGCAUGUGCUCGCUGUUCAAGCACAGGAGCACUUGUUCUGAUUGAACCAGUAUCCACAGUCAAAGGUGGAGAUAAGCCUCUUUCACCACCAAAAACUGAGAGAUGUUCAAAUUGCUCUGGAUCUGGCAAGGUUAUGUGUCCAACAUGUCUUUGCACUGGAAUGGCCAUGGCAAGCGAACAUGAUCCACGAAUUGAUCCAUUUGAUUAGAGGUUCAGUAAUUAUAGUUAUCCCGAGCAGUUAUAAGAAAAAUCUGGUAUUUUUUGUUGAAGUGGUUUUUAUUUCCGAGCAGGUUCAAUAAUUUGGAAGUGGUAUUCGUUUCCGUGGCGGAGAAAUGGAUUUUCUGUAAAUAUGUAUAAACACUUACAUGAAAAAGAAAAUUGUUAAAAAUAUAUAGACAGUUUCCCUUUAUUUUUGAGGAUUGAAAGUGGUGCAGAUAUAAAGUUCACCAAGUGGUUGGAGAAGGGAGAA